GGGAGAGCCUGUAGCCCAGGGAAGGAGGAAGUUGUAGAAGCUGAACCUGAUCCGUAGCAGGUCUUCAGGUUCCUUGGCGCAGCAGAUUUCAAGGCUAAAAGAGGAAGACGGCUUUUGAUCCCUGCAGGAAAAGUAAGCAAGAAAAAAAAUCUCAACAUGGAAAGUGUCCCCCAGGAAAGCAAAGGAGAAGAUCAGGCUCCAGUGCAGAAUGAAGAAGAAGCCCACCCUUUGGGAGGUGGAGAAGGCCAGGAGCCUAGAGGAAAUAUUAGAGCGGGUUGGGCCCCACCUGCCCACGAUGGUAGAGAGGACAUGCCCAAUAGGCUUGUCUAUAACCUUCAAAUGAUAGACGGAGAUGCAGAUGAUAUGGAACGGUUCAUGGAGGAGAUGAGAGAAUUAAGGAGGAAAAUUAGGGAACUUCAGCUGAGGUACAGUUUGCGCAUACUUAUAGGAGAUCCCCCUCACCAUGACCAUCAUGAUGAGUUUUGCCUUAUGCCUUGAAUGCUAAGGUUAAUAAUA